GUUGCUUCGCUAUCCGUAUUCUCCCUCUAUCCGUUUAUGGUUUGAUAUCUCUUUCAUGUUGCUUAGACAUUUGCCGGUGGUAUAGUCGAAGCUCACGAGUGAAUCAGACUGUUACAUUUGCAGCAUGGUCUCUUAUCUGAAACGAGUUAUGUAAAUUAUGGACUGCUGUCCUUUGACGAUAUGGACCUUGGAUACAUGUGCCGACGUAUCCUUAAGCAUGCUAGGGCAAGAGUAAAUCCCGUAUUUUGUUGGGAGAAACACUCUACCAGCUUCACCGAUGACGCUGUCUCAGUCGGGUGUCGUCGAAGGGUCGCUGCCAUUACGGCAACCAGGGCAGCUGGAGCCUGGGAGUAAGGACGGCUCUAGCCAGGAGGCUGGUAUGACGGAGGACAGCACUGAGCCAUCAGGGCAACGGUCGAACAGCGGCGCUACGACACAGCCAACCGAAGCCGCGGCGGACCAGCACCAGCAGUCCCACCACGCAGCCAACCCCGGGCCAAAGCACACCUCCCCACGUAGGAGGCCCGCGCACCACGCAGCAGCCCCGGACGAUGCGGAACCCGACCCAAAUGGCACGCACACAGCACGUGCCGUCACCCCAGGCCGGCAGCCGCUGGCAGUGGGUCCUCCGGCGCACAGCAAGGUCCAGAAAGGCCGCAUCAUCGCCGCCGUCACCGCCGCUGCAGCCGCUAGCGCUGCCGCUGCCGUACCACUCGACUGGUCGUACCUGCUCGGCCAUCCAGCGGCGUUGUCAGGGCCGCUGGGCGCUGCUGCCGCCGCGGUGGCGGCAGGCACGGCGGCGGCGGCGGGUACGGGCGGUGCGAAGAGUAAAGCCGGCAGUACGACAGCGGGUACGAGCAGCGGCGCCGACAACACCACCAGCGGAGCCGCCGGAGGCCAAUCAUCCGUACGACUUAGCGGGGGGCAGUCCUCGCUCCGCCAGACGAGCCAGUCGGGAAGCGGUGCGGGCAGUUUGCUGGGUGGUCUGUCGCGGCGCGCGAAUGCGGCGGCGUCGACGCUGCCAGCAACGGCGGAGGGCAAGUUCUGCUCGGCUGUGAUGGGUGUGAUGGAGCGGCUGGCUGCGACGCAGUCGGCACAGACAGGGCGCUACCGUUCUCUUAGGAUGCAGGCCGCGGAGCAGCGUGAGGCCAUGCUGAGCACCGUGCUGAUGCCGCCGCCGCCCACGGCCGGCGCCUUCAGCUCCCGAGAGGCCGCAGCGCGCAUGGAGGCGGUGCUGCAGCGCAGCGGGGCCAGCAGGGACAACAUGCAGGCCAUUGUACAGCAGAUCCAGCAGUUCCGCGGGUUGAGUGACGACCUUCGAACCGCUGUGGCCCAGCAGUUCCACCUGUUCAGUUACCCGCCAGGGUCGUACUUGUACGAACAGGACUGCCGCUGCGACGAGGCAUUCGUCCUGAUCAGCGGAGCCGCCAUGCUGCAUGUGGAAGGGCGACCGCCGCAGCGGCUGUACCCCGGCACGGUGCUGGGAGUGGAGCUGAUGCUGCGGCGGCAGGCCGUGCCGCUCACCGUCACCACCGACCCGCACUUUGAGGCGCAGCUGGCGACGCUGUCGUGGCAGGCGUACGAAGACACGGUACGGCACUGGGCGGCGGAGAAGGUCACGGCGCUGCUGCCGGAGCUGCAGGCCAGCCAGGCGGCUAGGCUGCAGGCUGCCCUGAUGCGCGGAGUGUCGUACAGCCAGCGGCAGCCGGGGGAGCCCAUCUACGUGGGGGGGCAGGCGGCAGACCACGUGGCGCUGCUGGUGCAGGGGCAGGUGCUCGUGGCCGCGCCGCUAGAGGACACCGACCUGGUCACCACUGGGCAGAUGGUGUCGCAGCUCAAAACCCUGAUGGGCCCCCUAGCUGGUUCCAUGGUGCUCAAUGAGAUGCCGCGCAUGCCCGCGGCGCCCCGCGGCGGCCUGCGCGGCGGCCUCAAGGGCGGCAUGCGCUCUAGUGACGGGGGAGCCCGCCGCAGCAUGGCGGGCAUGCCGUCGUCUACGACGACGCCGUCGCCGCUGUCCGUAAUGCAUGGCAGCAUGGGCGUGGCGGCGGCGGCGGGAGCCAGCGGUCACACGGUUAGGAUGCGGGGGCUAAUGGAGAUGAGGGGCAGCGGAGGAGAGGGCGAGGGGCGGCAUGGGGGUGCGGAAGAUAGGGUGCUGAGGCUGCGGGGUGCGGUUGUGGAGCAUGUGGAGGAACAGCAACCGUCCGAGGCGGGCGAUGGUGGUGAUGCUAAAGCAGGUACUGCGGGCGGAAUCCGCGCGCGUAUCCUGGCACGGCGUGAUAGCAUGGCUGUGGCGGCUGCGAAUGCUUCUAGCACAAGCGGCGAGGUGAAGCCGGGCAUGGCAGCGGUUGGGGUUGCGGCACCGCCCUCGAGCGCUUCGGGCGAGGCGGCUGGGGGGGACAGCAGCGAAGGCCUGGGCGAUGGCGGCGAGGGCUCGGGGACUGGCAGCGGGCAGCAGCAACAACAGCAGCGGCGACCUCGCGUCAGGUCAGGCGGCAUGUCUGGCCGCAACAGCCGGCACAGCAAUGGCCUUAACGGUACGACGGCAGCAGCUGCAGCGGAGGCUGCGAAUGGUGGGAACGGGACAAUGGGCAUGGAGCCGGCGGCGGGGACGGAGGGCGGCCUGGAAGGGCCUGAGGAUGAUGAGGACGUGUCACCUUUCGUGCCAGCGGUAUCCGCUGCGGCGGCUGCCAGCCGUUCCGCUCGCCGGAGCUUGCUGUUCGCAGCCGACGGGGACGGCGGUGAGGGCAGCGAGCAGGCGACUUCGGAGGCUGGGGCUGCGGCAAUGAGGCUUGAUCAGGCAACUGGUGCUGCUCCUGAGGGUGCAACGGACGAGCAACAGCCUGUUCGGGAGUCCUCGGAUGCUAGCGGUACGAAACAGGAUCUCGGUCCUUCGUCCUCAACAACAGCGGUAGCGGCGUCGCGACCCGAGUCCGCGCACAGCACGGGCAUCGCUAAGGCCGAGGCCUCGCUGCUGCCGGCAACCAGCAUCACUGACCUUGCGAGCGACCCAAGCAGUGCCUACAGCGCGUACAGUGCGCGGGCGGGAACUGGGAGCGGCUCGGAGGGGUUUCCGGAGCCGCACACACCCAUGCUGGGGUUCAAGAUGGCUGGGUUUGGAGCCGUUCCCCCAGCGGUGGAGCCCUGGCGCCAAAGUCCUCGCAGCGGCGACACCUUUGCCUUCUCCCUCGGCACCGACGAAUCCAAAGGGAGCCGCCACAUGGAGAGCCCCGCCACACCCGUCCUGUUCAGCCUGGCUGGGGCUGCUGAAGACUCCGAAAGCAAACUUCACCACCCCUUCGCUCCUGCGAUCGCUGCGGAGCACAGCAGCGGCCUGGUCUCCCUCGCCAUGUCUCUUGACGGCAGCGAGCUCCCACGAGUUGAUGACCUAGCGACGGAUGCGGUUUCGGAGGUGGAGGGGCCUGCGGCGGUUGAGCCGCCGGCUGCGGCUGAGGCGCCACCGCCGCUGCCGCUGCCGGCGGCGGCGCCCGUCGCAGCUCCAACACCGUCGCCGAUGAAAGGCCUUCGGAGCAAGAUCGGCGGCGAUUCAGUCUCCUCCUUGCCGCCGCCGCCGCCUUCCGGCUUGCAUGCCGUACGGCACCAUCAUGGCUCGUCCGGCAGCCGCGUCAGCAGCCGUGGGGCCUCACCGCUGGUCAGCGGGGCCUCCACUCCGCGCUCCUCUUCAAGUGUACGACUCGCCGCGGCGGUCACCGGCUCUGAGGGCUUGCCGCCGCGACACUCACCCCUGCGUGGCGGCACCUCACCUGCCUCAUCGGAGAAUGGCGCCGCCGUGGGUCGUCGGGGGCUCAGCAGCAACUCGGGCAGCAGCGCGCGCACCAGCCAGAGCGCUGGGGGCUUGCCGCGACGGCCUUCGACGCCGACGUCGGAGGCACCCAGCGUGGAUGACCGUACGGCAGAUAGCCGAGAGUCGGCGGCGCAGCUGCUGCUGCACCACCCCGUGCUGCCGCCGUCGCCGCCAUCGUCACCACCGCUGCGGCCGUCGUCGCCGUCGCAGGCCAGUGGCACGGGCACCGGUGACGGCGCCACCGCUGAUGACGCAGCCAACUCUCAGCUAGAGCUGAAGCCGUUCUCGACUUCCGGUUCGGGUGCAGCGGCGGACGAGGGCGCGAGCUCUGCCGUCGCCAGCGCUGACGGAGGCGGAGUGGGAUACGAGGCUGACGGCGCCGCCGCCGGCGCGCCGCCGUCCAUACCGUCACGUUCACACACGCCGGACAACCGCAGCGCCGACGGCGCAGCUGAGAGCGUGGGCUCGGAGCCGUCUGUGGAGGUGGUUGGAACGCCACCCGAGACCCCGGCGACCCCCGUCCGGCCCGCCGACAACACCCCCGGAACACCCGCCACCCCAACCAACGCCGUGUUCUCCUCCGCUCCCUUUGCUGCUGCCCUAACCGAGCCCCGGCCUGCUGCCCCGCGGCAGCCCUCUAGGCUUCGUCUCAGCUCCGGGGACCACCAGGUUGCCCCCUACCACCUGUCAGCCGACACGCAUGGCAGCAACACCGCCCCCGCCGCCCUCCCUCCCAGCGCCCCCGCCGCUGGCGGCUUCCCUGACAAGGGCCAACAACCCGGUAUGCGCUUGCGAAUGGGCCCGGGCGCCGAGGGCAUCGACGGCCGCCGUUCCAACACGGGCCGUGCCGGUCCCAACUUCGGCACUCCCGGCGCCACCGUCGGCGGCGGCGCCGGCAGCGCCCUCGCACGGCGCAGCGAGCUGGGCCCUGGUGGCCACUACAUCAGCCCGCUGGGAGGUGGCGGCGGCGGCGGUGGGGGUUCCGGCGCCGCGCAGCCGCUGGCCAACGCGCUGGCGGCGCAGCUGAAGGCGCACCACCACAAGGUGGCGGCGGUGUACGGCGGCCCGGUGGUGUUUUGUGAGGAGGCGCUUGCGCCGCUGCCGCCGGCGGACAAGAAGGCUGUCAGGGUGGCCGCGCACAGCGCCAUCGCCACGCAGCGCUGCGAGCUCAUCCUCAUCCCCGCCUCGCUGCUGCGCUCGCUGGUGCCGCCGCCGCUGCUGCCCAAGCUGGAGGCGGCGGCGGUGGGCGCGCAGCGGCGGCUCAUGCAGGCCAGCGGACACGUGGUGGACACAGCGCCGGUCGCCUGGCCCGCCGCCGCCGACCGCAUCCGCAUGGUGCUGGCCACCCCGCCGGGGCAGCGGCAGCCCUGGCAGGUGGAGCUGCUGGCGGCCGCCUUCAGCCACCUGCCAGCAUUCGCGCGGCUGACGUGGCAGGUGCGGCUCAAGGUCUUCCAAGAGCUCGAGUACCGCAGACUGGAUCCUGGAUCCCAAUUGGAUCUCGCCAAGCUGGACGUGAGCGAGGCGGGUGGUGCGCAGCCACGCCCCUCACAGCCACCCAACACGAAGGGCGAAGGAGCACUGGGGCCAGAGGCCAGCAGCGGCAGUGUCGGCACCGAGGCAACGAGAGGGGGGACUGUAACGGGUACUGGCGCGGGUGCGCCUCCAGCUGCAGAGAGUAGCAAGGGGACUGACCCAGGGGUCGGUUCCCACGCUUCGGAGCAGACGGCUGUCGGGGAUGCAGGUGCAGCUGCUGCGUUGGCUGCGUAUGCAGAGGCGCUGGCAGCGGAGGUGGGUGCGAUGCCGGAGAGGGCGCAUGACGGCGCUACUGUCACUGGUAGUAGUAGCGGCGGCAGCGUUCCCGGCAGCAGGGCUGCUUCGAUGGAAGGGGAGAGUUUGGAGGGGCAGGAAGCCGCAGCGCCGCCAGAGAAGUCAGGGGAAGCGGCGACUGGUGACGAGGAUGUGACAACCCCAACAGACGCAAUCGCAGUCUCCGCAGGUGUCACGGAUGGGAGCGAAAAGGCUCGCCAGGGCACUAUUGUAGGCGACACGGAGGCCGCACAGCCGCAGGCGCCGCCGGCUGCCACCGAGGAAACCCAACCGGAUGGGGAUUCUAACGGCGAGGCCCUGAGCAAGGAAGCCCCGCAGGCAGAAGCGGACAGGACCGCAGGCAGCGUCCGCGGCAGCGAGGGCGGCGCGUCAAACGCUGCCAGCACCGGCGAGUGCUGCGGUACGGAACAUGGCGGUGCGCUGUCGGUCACCACAACAGCGGCGACUGCUGACGGCAGCAGCACCUGCAGCGGCAGCAGGACCGUCACGGGUGCAGGCGAGUCCGAUGCGGCCGAUGUGUCGCGGCCACCCACGCACCGCAAGCAGUCCUGGGCUGAGCGUUUCGGCAGCCGGAGCAGCCGCCACAGGAUGCCGCCGGCUGCCCAAGAAGCGGCUGCUGUCACAUCCCCCGCCGCGGCCGCAGCAGCAGCUGGCACAGCCGGGACCCCAGAUGGCUCAAAGGUGGCGGCAACAAUGGCAGCAGCAGGAACCGUUGAAGGUACACAGCCAAAUUCCGCCGGCUCUCGCAGGGAUUCCGCGGCGCAGGGUAAAGCCGCCUCAGCUGACGCCGCCGAUACCAGCGGCGGUGGCGGCAAGGAGGGAGCCCAAGGCUCCAAACGCUCCUCAGGCUCUGAGCCCCACACCGUUGAAGCCCUGUUCGACCCGGUGGCAGCGGAGCCGCUCAUCCCCUCCCUGGCUCUGCGCCGCAACAGCACCUCCGUCACCGACCUCGACCUCGCCGGCGCCGCUGACUCCACUGCCAGCGGCACCGGCGACGCGGAGGCGGCGCCGCCGUCACGUGCAUCCUCCUGGACGCCGUACGACGUCAGUGGCGACGCCGCCACCGUGGAUUCGACGGCGGCCGGGGAGCGCUCGCCGGAACCCGGCGGUCACUCCUUUUGGGAGGGCGACCCGCCGGACAGCGCGGCCGGCUUCAGCAUGCCGCCGCGGCUGGGGACCGCGGAUACCUUCCUGUCUGAAGCGCCGUCGCAUUCGCUUCGCAGCACUGGCAGCCUCGCAAGCGGCCGUUACGGCAGCCUGCGGGAGGGUGACGUGCUGCCGCAUUCGUCGUCGCCCGGGGCGGAAGAGGGGGAGCUGGAGGAGGCAGCGCCGGCGGAGGCGGAGGCGGCUGCCGCCGCUGCUGAGGCGGCGGAAGCGGCGGUGGGGGUAGCGGCGGAGUCGUCACGGAUGUCCUCGAGGCCGUCGGAGGUGGGCCAGGAGGCUCCGGAGCGGCUGCUGCCCCGGAAGCGCGAGGCGGUUGCGGUCAAGCUGGACGACAGGGCCUACUGGUGCCUAAGCGGCGCCAUAUCUCUGGAGAUCCAGCUGCAGCCCCCGCCGUACCCAGAUGCGCCCCCAGCUGACAGCGCCACCCAACCCGCAACCCCCACCAACCAACCCGCCAGCCCCCACCACCGCCAUGCACCCCCCUCUCCCGAGCACUCCGACAUCUCGGGUUUCACCGCCACCACCACCUCCAAGGCCAGCCCCUCACACUCGCCAUCCCCGCCGCCACACCAGCAGCACCAGCACCCGCAGCCCUCCUCUCCCUCUCCCUCGCUUCCGCCGCCGCCGCCAUCGCCGCCGUCGCUGCAGCAGCUGCAGCUAGCACACCCAGGCGACGCCUUCAGCGGCGGCGCACUUGCCGACGCCACCACCGCCGCCUUCAGUGCGGCGGCGGCGGCAGCCGCCGCCGCCGCAGCUCAGGCCCGACCGUCUUCACCAACCCUAAGCACCGAUCCCCGCACCGUCUCCUUCACCUCCGUCGCACCUUCCCCCGGCGCCUCCGCCGCCGCCGCCAGCGGCUUCACCUCCGACGGCGCAUCCACCAUGACCGCCGCCGCCGGCAGCGCCGCCGGCAGUUCGCCUGCCUCGGAGGCGCACCAGCACUUCCUGCAGGGCCUGCCGUUGGGCAGCAACCUCAUUCGGGCGAGGGUGGUGGGUGAGGCGCCGGCGGAGGUGCUGUGCAUGAGCAAGCCCAUGUUUGAGCUGAUGGCGAGCGGUGUGGGGCGCAGCGUGCCGCCCUCGGCGCUGCCGGUGCUGGCGCGGCAUGUGGAUUGGCUGAUUGGGGUGGACCUGCAGGCCAUGGCGAAUGACCUGGCGGGGCGCUACAGGCUGGAGGAGCACAAGCAGGGCACUGAGCUGCUGCGGGCGGGCGAGGCGGCGCCGGUGGUGUUCCUGGUGGCGGCAGGCGAGUGCCUCAUGCGGGGCCCGGUGGUGGGGCUGCGCGACCCCGCCAGUGUGGCAGAUGGACUGGACCUUGCAACCCUUCGUGAGGGCGCCACGUGUGGGGAGCUCAGUCUGCUGGCAGCACGCCCGCUGUGGUACACGCUGGUGGUCUCCUCCCCCAGCGCCAAGGUCAUCUCCAUCGACCUGGCGGCGCUGCGCACCUGGUUGCUGACGUCACCGCUGGGGCAGGCGGCGGCGGCGGAGGUGGUGGCGGCGGUGGCGGAGGUGGACAUUGCGUUGUACGGCAGGGCCGUCAAGCAGAUUGCAGCGAUGGUGAUGUGCGGGAAGCUGGACCUGGCGCUGUUCACUCCGCCCAUGAAGUCCAUUAUUCGGCGCAUCAUGGAGGACGAUGCCGCCGAGAUUGCAGCCACGCUGCAGCACCAAAAGGAGCAUGCAGAGGAAAAGGAAAAAGAAAAAGAGCGGGAGAAGGAGCGCGAGCGGAAGGUUCGCUUGGGAGGCGGCAGCGGCAGCGGCGGUGGCGCCAGUGGCGGCGCCAGCGGUGGACCCAUGGGUCUCUCGGCGCUGGCGGGGAGUACGGCGGUCAACCGACCUCGAUCCAUUGUGAUGGAGGGAUGGAGCCAGGUGGAGGCCAUUGCGGCGUCAGUAGCUCGGCCGUACGACCCCGAGGCCCAAUCCUGGGAGCUAAUAGCGCAGGCCCAGUACGUCGCCUCCCGGCGGCAGCAGCAGCGCUACCUGGACUCCCUCUUCAGCCGCUCCGAACUCGCGACCGAGGAAGACCCGGCGGGUCACGCCAGCGGCGGCCAGCGCAUCGCCAUGCCGGCGCCGGGACUGGUGGCGGCGGCGCUAGCGGAGCCGACGGCUGUACGGAACCCCAGAAUGUACGACAUUCGGAUUGUGCCGAAGGACCUUAGAGGCCGCUACGUGGAGGCUGCCAGGCUGGGCUGGGAUACCUCCUUCCUGCCCUCGCAUGAGCUGUCAGCCAUGAUGGACGCUGAGGUGCAUGUCAAGCACGCGGCGCUGGGGCUUUUGACGCAGCAGCAGCAGCAGCAGGAAGGGCAGCUGGGGCGGUCGCGACAGCUGCAGCAGCAGCAACAGGACCAGUUACAGAGGCUGCAGUCAGAGCAGCAGCGGGCCAUGCACACAGAGCUCUCGCGGUCGUUUCCACAGUCCUCGUCGCAGCAGCAGCGGAUGUUGUCGGGAGAAAUCUCCUUCUCCACGGCUUUGGCCAGCACCAGCAGCAACGCCAGCGGCGGUAGCACCGGAGGCAAAGCCGUUCUAGGCGCCUCUAAUUGCCUGCUUCCUCGACGUGCCGGCGCCGCUGCCCCCGCCCCCGCUCCCGAACAUAACAGUACGGCACAUCCCCGUACAACAGAGCACCACCACCACCACCAGCAUCAUCACCUUCAUGCAGCACACGGCACGGCAUCAUCCCCAGCUGCUCCCGUCGCCGCGCGGCUGAACGCGUUGGAUCCCCAUGCCCGCCUGCAGGGGCCCUCUGCCCCCAACAGCCCCUCCUCCUCCUCCUCCCUCGUACCCGGCGCCGCUGGUACAACCCCGCCCAAGUCCGCCAGAUCACGCCUGCACAUCACCACUGCCUCCUCCGGCAUGGCUUCCGUGGUUUCUCUGAGUCCUGAGCACGGCAUGGAAGCGCCUUGGGACGCUCAGGGACGCCUGAGGGUGGGCAAGCCCUGGGAUAACCCUGGAGCCGACGGUCAUGGCGGCGGCGGCGGCGGCGACGGCGGCGACGUUGUUCUGAUGACGCCGAGUCGCCUCCGUCGGGAGCUCGGCGCCGCUUCCGGUUGGUCGCUCGCGCAGCUGGAAGAUUUGCGGCGGAAGAGCGCCAUCUUACUGAGUGGGCCGCCGUCGUCAGGAUCCACAGCAGCCCUGGAUCCAGAAUUUCAAGCCCAGAUGGAUGAUCUGAGGAACAUGUACGGCAGUACAGCCGGCAGUGAUGGUUUCAGCGGGUUUGCUGUUGGCGGCGGCGGCGGCGGCGGGCUGGAUGAGGGUGGAGGCGGUGGUGGCGCUGCUGCUGCUGGUGUUGUGGCGUCGGUGGGAUCACCGCAUGCUCCGCACUACCGGUCUGGCAGCUCCCAUCAGCUGGAAAUGGUGGCGGGUGCGGGUGCUGGUCACAAGGCCGGCAGCAGCGGCACGGGUAGCCCUUCAAGACUGCGAGCGGUGUCGUUGGCCACGCAGCCGCCCGUCCCGAGCCCCCUGGGCUGCCCUCCCAACAGCGCCAACUCCAGUAACGGUAGCAACCCUAACUCGAACCCUAGCUCCCUGCGGCGCGGGAGGAACAGGGCGGCAGGGACCGGCGCCACGCCUCCUAGCAGCGGCACACCUCCCAUGUUGUCCGUAAUAGAGGAGGAGGAUGUGCACAACCUCUUCUGGACGUCCACGCAUUCUCCGCACUCUGCACCGAAACCCGGCCCGCCUGCCGUUGCGGCGGUGACGGGAACGCCGGGAAGCAUGGCGGCGGCGGCUGGCGGCGGCGGCGGCGGCGUCGGAUCGACGCUACCGCUCAAGCCCCUGCCGCCGCUGCCGCCGCCACACGACCAGCUACGGCUCAUGAAGCACCCUCCCGUCGCAACGCCGCCAGCUGCAGCGCCGACGCCAGCAUGGGCGACCGCGGUUGCCGUACCAGGCACUGCUGACGUCAUCGCCGCGGCACCUCCGGCGGCGCCAGCACCCGCAACCUCAGCCUCGACUACCUCUGCCACUGCUACUACCGGCAAGGCCGCCACAGCCAGUGUCGUGGACGGCCCCACUCCCUCGCAGUCCGCACAAGGCACCAUUGCGGCGAGGAGGAGCCGGAUACAAGCCCGCACGGCGGCGCCGCCGGCGCCUGAACCCGUGGAAUCGCCGGAUCGUUCGUUCUGGGUCCGCGACCGGCUACACGACCCUCAGGGCCUCGCCCAGAGCGUCAUCUCUGACGCUGCUGCCCGCGCCGUCAGUGCCGCCGUCACCCGGCCUCAGGAGCCCCCACUCACCGCCGCCACCACCACCGCAACCCUAACAGCCACAACCUCCACAAUCUCCUCCGUCAGCCCUGCGGAUGCCUCCGCCGGCACUGCCGUCACCGUACCUGCCACGCCAGCCACCGCCGCCGCCGCCUCAGCCCGCGCCGGAUCCGCCAGUGCAAACGUGCUCAUGGCUGCGGGCGGCCGAACCGGAAUCCCAACCAUUGGUCGGACGAGGAAGCUGCAGCCGCUGAAGCGCAACGGCGCGGGCGCUGCCGUUAGAGCCCCCGGCGACGGCGGUGCAGCGAGUGAGGGUGUUGCGGUGGCGGCGGGGCAGGCAGGAGGUGCUGGGGCCUUGCUGGCGGGUACGACAGCAGCAGCUGCCGGGAACCCUGCGGCGGCGUUGGCGGAUGCGGAUAUGCUGUUUGUCACCCUGCAGCUGCCGCCGGCUCCCAAGCUUCUACCGGAGUUCCCCUCCCCUGCCGCCGCGAGAGAGGCGGCGGAGGCGGCAGCGGCCGCGGAACAGGCGGCGCGGGAGGCCCGUUUAGCAGCCGCCGUAGCGCAUCCCAGCGCUCGGCCGUUGUUCGUACGACCUGAUCUCAAGUACGUUCCGCAGUAUCUACGGCAGCGGCAACGGUCGCCCGUACUGCCGCCGCCUGUACGGCAUCAGUUGGAGGAUGCCGAAUCUGACAGUUGGGUGGUUCCGUCGUACAGCAGCGAGUAUGGAUUCAAGGAUGGAUUCUAUGACGAGAACAGCCAGGUCAUCUACUUUGACUAGUCGCGAAUCGAAUGUGCGUGAUGACUGAGGCGUUCAAAGGCUUGCUAUAUUCAUGCUUGAUUCAAAAGGCUUCCUUGGAAAAGGACAGGAUAGGAAAGUUGGAAAGCCUGGUGGCAGGUGGUUUUGUGACGAACUGCCUGUCACCGCUUACUUGUUUGGCACGGUGAUGGUCAGAUGGCUUAUGUUGGCAACAGUAACUGAUCAUACAUGUCGUACAAUAAGCUCGUACUGCUGCUGCUCGGCACUGGGAUGUACGACAUCUUGAUGCCAUGUCGCCGUACAGGUGCCCCUUACUGAUUCAUGAGGCAGUGCAAGAUGGAUCACCUGUCGGCCCAUGCAAUGUCGUGGGCGUUAGUGUUGUCGCGGUGGUCUCCUUCCUUCAUUCAAUGUAUAUCCGCUGCUGCUGCUGCUGCUUUUGUGAAGCUUCGUGUGGCUAGGCAUGGCGCAUUGGAUAGAUUGCGGUAUGCUCUGUAGUUGCCGCCGCAUGUGUGCUUCCAUCUGCCGCAUGCUAUUGUGUUGGCUUGUAGUUGAGGACAUGCUCGGGGGCGACCGGCAAAAUGACAAUAAUUAACGGGGACGUAGAGAUGCCGGUGCAGCGCUGCCUUAGCGAGGUCAUGCGGGUUACCGGUAAUUCGGUUAUAGGCACGGCGCACCUUGUGUGAUCGGAGGUCGCAGCUGUCUUUUUGAACCUAGACUUCGUUUAGCCAAUAGUAGGUCAUGUUCGUUGCCCUGCGAGGCAAACGUCCGCGCAAUCGACCCAUGGGUCAAUUUCCCUUUCGGCAGACGACCGGGACCAACUGAGAGUUGAGAGUAAAACAACAGGUCAAUGUGGUUCGAUACUUCUUGUUUAAAA